GUUGUUAUUUACAGGCACGGUGCCAAGUGGUGUGCGACAAACAAUCAGUAUUCUCCUCGAUUAAACAUAAUUAAAAGGCAAAAAGUGUUUAAAAGAAGGCCUUAUUCACCAGGAAACCUCAAGAAAUUGAAGGUUCAAGCAAAAUAUUCCUGACAAAUACAAAAAUCACUAAAAAUGCCUGAGGAAAAAUCAGAUCAGGAAAACCAGGUUCCCCAGCAACAGGUGGAGGCGGUGGCAGUGCCAGCAUAUAAUCGGGAAAUGCUGAUGGAUAUGUUGCCCGUUUACUACAGGCGACUUUUUCCUCAUAUGCCCUUCUAUCGCUGGCUCUCCUAUGGACUGACUGAGGACGGCAUAUUCUGCAACCGUGAGAUUUCGUUUACUCUCCACGACGAUAUCUACUUGCGAUACUUGUGCUUUGAGACCCAGGCGGAGUUUGAGAAAGAGAUUUGCUUGAAGCUGCCCGUCAAGAUGGACAUUGGGCCCGUGAUGCAUACCAGACCCAAGAAUAUUCGUACCGUUCCUGGCGGACUGAAUCCGGUUCAACGAGAGCUUGUCUUCGAUAUCGAUAUGACGGACUACGAUCCGGUGCGCACCUGCUGCUCCGAGGCUGAAGUGUGCCAGAAGUGCUGGAAGUUCAUGGUGUUGGCCGCCAGGGUUCUGGAUGUUGCUUUGCGCGAGGAUUUCGGCUUUGAGCAUAUACUCUGGGUCUUCUCCGGUCGGCGAGGCAUCCAUUGUUGGGUAUGUGAUCACCAGGCGAGACAUCUCGAUGGACGCGGUCGCUACGCCGUUGCGGAGUACCUGAACCCCAUCUCCUAUGUGAGUUUUGCGGGCCAAAACUCGCCCAGAUGCCCGAUGGGAGAUCGAACGCAUCACAGCCUGAAGCGAGCCCUUAAGAUCGUGGAGCCCAUGUUCGAGGAGAUCAUUCUGAAGGAUCAGAAUCUCUUUGGCACACCCAAAGGGGUUACCAAGCUACUCCAAAUGGUGUCCGACGAUGCAGCCCGUGGCGAGCUUGAGUCCUAUCUGCAAAAGAGCCUAGAGGACGGCGCCCACUCUCGGCUCGUGUGGGAGAGCUUUCUAAAGUACUCCAAUUCUAUGAAAACCUCCACUGCCAGUGCCUGGAGCCGAAAGCUCAAGAACAUAGUACAGGAAGUGCAGCUCGGACUGCUCUAUCCACGAUUGGACAUCAAUGUCACUAGGGGUUUUAACCAUUUGCUGAAAGCCCCAUUUUGCAUCCAUCCCUCCACGGGCAAGGUCUGCGUCCCCUUCAGCGUUAGCGCUGUGGCCAAGUUUGAUCCCACCACGGUGCCCACGAUCACCCAGCUGCUCCACGAGAUCAAUGCUUUUGACGACAAGAGCAAGAGCUAUAUGGAGGCGCCGGAGGACAAGAGCCGGAUCAAGGAUCACAAGAAGACCAGCAUGUUCAAGGGUGUGGUGGUCUUCGAGGAGUUCCUGCGCAAGCUGGAGCGCAGCCACAAAGCAGCCAGUCUGCAGUUUUGAUUACAUUUUUUAAUUAAUGUCGAAA